AUGAAUGUUGCAAAUGAGAUAUUUUCCUAUACUAUAUCUCUUUCUAAAACGUUGCAAAAAGUGGAUUGUGAUUUAGCUGAAUGCUGUACCGCUGUAAAUGCUUCUACUGCCAGGUGGGAAGUUCUCCAAAACCACACACAGCAGAAAUCUAGUUCACUUAAUUUGAAAAGUCUCUCCACUACCCGGUGGUCUGCUCGCGACGACGCAGUUAGAGCAUUGAAAUAUGGAUGGAAUCAGAAAGAUUUGAGGAUUAUGAAAAAAAAAGAAAAAGUCCUGUCUUUAGUUGAUGACUUAAGAAAACGGCCAUUAAGAAAACGGAAGCGGCAUUACGACGAAUCAGUUGACAAUGAAACCGAAUUUACCACUCGAGAACAUUUUCGUGUAAACAUAUUUUUGGUAAUUGUGGAUAACUUAAAUUCUGAAAUAAAUAAGAGACGAAACGCUUAUGUAGAAAUUAAUGAAAAUUUCAAAGCAGUUGUACAGUUCAAAACAUUGUCAAUGGGUGAGUUAGAGAUUGCAGCGGAUGGAUUAAGAUCUUUAUUUCCAAACGAUCUAGACGACACCUUAAAUACUGAACUGUUGCAUUUAAAGUCUCAUUUGGCUACCUUAGACCAAAAUGCAGUUCCACACACUCCAACUGAUUUGUGUAAAUGGAUAAGAUUAAAUGACUUGCAGUGUGUAUAUCCAAAUGUAGUCAUUGCACUUCGGAUGUACACUUGUACUCCUGCUACAAACUGUUCGGCCGAGCCAUCUUUUUCUUGUUUAAAGCGCGUUAAAACUAUUUGCUUUCUACAAUGUCCGAAGAAAGGUUAA